CUGAGCAAGACGAUGCUCAUCACGUCUAUCCUUGCAUCAACAAAUUAUAGGGUAAACUGCAGAAACCUUCGGAUCAAUAGUUGAAAUAGAUGAUCAAACCUUGGAUGGUUCAUUCCUGGUGUAUGCCAAGGUUAAGAUCAGCCCGCACCUAGCAACUGCCUUAAACUUGGUGUUGGACCUUGAGAUCGAUCGGUUGUCUUUCCCCAUUCUUACUUUCUCAUAACCAAGUUCUUCUAUUCAAGUGGGAAAAUGCUCCUUUCCGACGAUCCCUCCUCCUCCCACACCUCCUCCGCCCUCCCUUCCAUAUAGAGAAGGAACUAAACAAUGGGUUGAUAGAGCCUUUGUCCCUUCAGGUUCUAAUGGAGGAGAUAUUCAUACUUGUUGGGAGACAGAGGUUGCUUCGAAGGUUACAGAGACAGCCAGAGAACCCUCAGAUGCUGGACUUGAUGCCACAGAGGUAAAGCCAGCUCCUUGCUUCCCAGAUGUUCGACACAAUGCCGCAAUGGAACAACCAGCUCUACACAUCCCAGAUGUUCGACUUAAUGCCGCAGUGGAACAACCAGCUCCUUGCAUCCGUGAUGCUCAAUGAAUUGACUCUGGAGGUUUGCCUCAUCAGGGUGGUGACAAGAGCGAUCCAAUUAUCGUCCAGCAUCCCAACUCCAACCUAUUGAUGACUAUGGAGCUGUGGAACGCCUCUAGGUCGAGGAAAUAAAAAGAAGAUGGAAACAACGUCUAUUGUAGUGAUCACCAUCGUUAGUGCAUUGGCAUUGUUACUCAUCUCCAUCAUUUGCUUUUGUUUAUUGAUGAAGAAGAAGGCAGUGAGAGCAACAGAUGAUAUUGGAGAUGGAGAGGACAUUAGAAGGUCAGAAUCACUGUUAUUUGAUUUGCUUACUCUCCGAGCUGCAACAGACAACUUCUCUGAUGCAAAUAAGCUUGGACAAGGUGGAUUUGGUUCUGUAUAUAAGGGAAUGCUAUUGAAUGGACAAGAAGUAGCUGUGAAAAGGCUCGCAAGAAAAUCAAGGCAAGGAGUCGAAGAGCUGAAGAACGAGCUUGUAUUGGUUGCAAAGCUUCAGCAUAGAAACCUUGUAAAGUUGUUGGGUUGCUGUGUGGAAGAAGAAGAGAGGAUACUUGUCUAUGAAUACGUUCCUAACACCAGCCUUAACAACUUCCUCUUUGAUCCAGUCAAACGGUUAAUAUUGAACUGGGACAGAAGGUACAAAAUCAUCAGUGGAAUUGCUAGGGGCCUUCUUUAUCUUCAUGAGGAUUCUAGACUUAGGAUUAUUCAUCGGGAUUUGAAAGCUAGCAAUAUUUUGCUGGAUGGAGACAUGAACCCUAAAAUUUCAGAUUUUGGUUUAGCGAAGCUUUUUGGUGUGGAUCAAACUCAAGGAAAUACAAAUCGAAUUGCCGGGACCUAUGGAUACAUGGCACCAGAGUAUGCCAAGCAUGGGAAGUUCUCAACUAGAUCAGACGUAUUUAGCUUUGGUGUUCUGGUCUUAGAGAUAGUAUCGGGUCGAAAAAACUCUGCCUUCCAUGACCGUGGUACAAAUCUCGUUAGCCAUGCAUGGAAACUCUGGAACGAAGGAUCUACAAUGCGGUUGGUGGACCAAACAUUGGGAGAAGUCCAUCCAGUAGGUGAGGUGUUGAGAUGCAUCCACAUGGGAUUACUAUGUGUUCAAGAAGAUGCAACAAAAAGGCCGACCAUGUCAAUGGUUCUUCUUUCGUUCAGCAGCAACUCUAUGACCCUCCCAGCUCCAAUGCAGCCUGCAUAUUUUGUCGCCGAGAGUAGUAUCAGGUCGGGCAUUCUUGAAACUGAACCAAAUCUGUGUGCAAGGGAGUGGGAUGAAUCAAGUGGAAAGCCGGUACCAUGUUCAGUAAAUGAUGUGACUAUUUCUGAAUUAGAAGCACGUUAGGAAUAAAAUAUAUUAUAAACAUGGAGAGGAUUGUGAAUUAGCAAGUAUGUAAUUUGGUUAGUUUUGAAUUCAGAAG